AUGAUAAUUUGGAAGGAAGCAAGAUAUGUUUCUGUUUGAAGUUUUCUUAUUAUGAAGAGAUUUCAUUCACUUUACGUAUACUUCACGCAAACGAAACGCAUCUUACGAACAUUUAAAUCACCAGAAAGAACGUUGUCAACAGCUUUUAUUAUAAACAGCAGCAAGAAAAAUAGAACUAUUCUUGGCUUUCCACUUUUGGUUUCGGUUGGCAUGGAAAGAAAUAAAGAAACACACCAAAAUGAGCCUAUAACUCGACAAAAGUAUAGUACCAAAAUAAAAGAACAAAAGGAUAAAUUUCUGCUUAUGCCAUUAGAAGAAAAGAGGAACAUUUACAAAUGUAGAGAUAAAUACAAUACCCUGGAAGAUGUACAGACAUGGGAGGAAUAUUAUAGUGAAAACAAAGAUAAAUUACUAAAGAAAAUUGCAAAAAAGAGUAAUUUAGGAAAGAGUCAUGGUGAGAGAAGAGAAGUGAGGCCAGAUCUAAACAAGAAGGUGUCCCUAUGGAGAGGUGAUAUUACAACACUGGAGAUUGAUGCUAUUGUCAAUGCAGCUAAUGAAUCUUUGUUAGGAGGUGGAGGAGUGGAUGGAGCUAUACACAGGGCAGCAGGGAAAAAACUUGUAGAGGAAUGUGCUACAUUGAGAGGGUGUAAAACUGGCCAGGCAAAGAUCACUGGAGGUUACAAAUUACCAGCUAAACAUGUAAUACACACCGUUGGUCCUAUAGGAGAACAGAAGGAGAUGUUAAAAGGUGCCUACGAUAAGUGUCUGCAACUUGUUUACGAAAAUGAAUUAGUUUCUGUGGCUUUUCCUUGCAUAUCAACAGGUAUUUAUGGUUAUUCCAGUGAGAAAGCUGCUCCUGUGGCAAUUGAAACUGUAAGAAAGUGGCUGGAAGAUGAAGAAAAAGGAGAAAAGAUAGAAAGAGUAAUAUUUUGUUUGUUUUUACAAAAAGAUGUGGAUAUUUAUGAAGAGCUUAUGCAACAUUACUUCCCUAUAGAAUCAGAUGAUAGUGAUAGAUCUAACAAGGAAUCAGACAAAGACGACAAAGUCUCUGCUUUAGAUCAAAAUGGAGAGGAAAAUGAAGAUGUUAUAAAAACUAAAAAACUGAAAAAGGACAAUGAAAUGAAAAUCAUGAAUGAAAAAGUUAUGGAUGUGAAUGACUUGGAAAACAAACCUCCAGAGGAUAAAAAAGAAAAUGAUUCAUCUGAAAAUAAAACUGUGAUUGAAAAUAAAAUGGAAUUUCAUUCAGAAACUAAAACUUCUAAAGAUCAGAAAACGGAAGAUUCUUUACAAAAUAAAUUAAUGAACGAGAAAGAAAUGGAAGUUGAUUCCAUAAAUAAAUCUUCAGACGACACAAAGAUGGCAGACAUUUCAGACAAUAAAUCACCAACUGAAAAGAAAAUGGAAGUCAGUGAUGGGGAAAGUUCUGAAAAGGAUAUGGAAACUAAUGAUGGCAAGCCACUGCUUACUGUAACAAAAGGAGAAAUAGAGUCUUCAUCUAAAACAAAAGGAAACAAAGAGUCUUCAUCUAAAACAAAAGGAGAAAAUAAAUCUCCUUCUAAAACUAAAGGAGAAAAAGAAUCUCCUUCAAAACCAAAACCUUCAGGGACUGUUUCAAAACCAAUUACUAGAAAGGACUUACAAAACAAAGAGACCACAUAUCUUUAAGAAGUACUUUUAGUUGACAUAUUUAGGGUUAUUUCUAUGUUUGAUAGUAAAUAUCCAGAAAAAAAUAAUUGAAUUUGUUAAUAAAAUUCCAGACAGGCUUAAAGCUUAUUACUUUUGAUAAAAGCUUUGUAUAAAUACUGAAUGUUAUGUUUUGCACUAGAUCUUGAUGUGAAAGUGCUGCUAAUUGUUGGUGACAAAUGGUGACAGAUUGUAUUAUAUGUAGUAUUUUGUUGGUCAUGAAGGGAUUGGUUUUGUACUUAAAAAAAAACACAUCAAUGGAUAUCAUUAUUUAUUUUUUUUAAUAAAAAUUUUGUGAUUUGACAUAACCAUGACAACAAGGGAUAUUUGCACACAAAAAAUGUACUUUUUCACAGAGUGAUGAAGGGUAAAUUAUUGAGCUUCACAAACAUUUUCAUAAUACAACAACUUUUGUUCAGAAGUAAGGAUGGCCAUUCUUAACAUAUCCAUUUUUUUUUACUUUGUUAAUCCUCAGGAAUUUUCUUAAAUAUUGCCGUGAAAAUAUUGCCCAGCAAUCCUUAUAUUCCUUUUUUUUUUUCAUUUUAAAAGAUACUUAUCAAAUACACUUUUGGCAAAAUUGUUAAGAAAUUCUGGUUUUUAAUGCUUUAUUUCUUAACAGUUUUAUGCUAAAGUCUUUCCAUUUAGGCACCAUUGCUGACAUUUUCAUGUAUUGCAAAUUCAGUAUGUAUGAUUUUUACUGUAAGCAUUUUUGACAUUUGACUAAUACUCUGGAGGAGUUUUUUAAUGUAAAGUUCUUUACUUUUCUUACAUUUUAGUAUUUAAUAUCUCUCUCUAUACAUUCCCUGAAAUUUUUGUUUUGUUACGAGAAGAAGCUUCAGAUUUAGGAUGUUUGUCAUUGAUCAUGACAUUUUAACUUUUCACAAUAACAUUUGGAAGGUUCCAAGAAAUUAACCUUACCAAUGUAUAACAAAAAAUUGUCCUUAUAUUUCUCUGUACAAUUUUAAAAGAUACAUAAAACAUUUGGGAAAAUAUUAUGUUAUUCUAACAAAAAGGCGCCGCGAAAUAGCCUUUUUGUUCUGAUGGGGCGUAAAGCAAUCACCAAUCAAUCAAUUUAACAAAAAGAUAGUUUUAUUCAAGAAUAUUUCGUUUGUUUUUGGUUCUUCAAACCAGGUUACAAAACAUUGAUUCAUUGAUGCUUGCUUACGCCGCAUCAGCGCAAAAAAGGUUAUAUCUGGCAACAGGUUACAUAACAAAUAGAUAUUGAGAAUACAUUUGUAAUUCAUUGUCUUAGGUUCCUAUGGAUUGUUUUGCCAUAAAAAUAACCAGAUUUUUUUAGCUUUUGUUGAAAGCUUCAUGUAAGUAUUUGUUAUAUGCUAUUUUUAUUAUAUAUAUUUUGACUUCAUAUAGGAAAAUAAAA